CCAAACAACGACUAUGAAGAUACUCGAAGCCGGCGCGUUCAAGUUUUCGUAAAUUCACUGACUGGACGUCUCGGAAGUGUGAAAAGCAAACCAUGGAGACGCAAUCACCGAUAAGAAAUCUGUUGAUGGGUCUUUUUCUAUUAAUCGUCUUCGUCUCCGGUGUGAAAGCCUGGACAGGUGAAAUCCAUGGAAGAGUUGUUUGUGAUGUAUGUGCAGAUUCAACCGUUGGCCCCGAGGAUCAUAUCUUAGAAGGUGCUGAAGUAGCUGUUCUCUGCAUAACAAAAUCAGGUGAAGUUCUAAACUACCAAGCAUUUACAAAUGCAAAGGGGAUAUAUACCGUAGCAGAGACCAUGCCUGAGAGCGAUCGUUGGGAUGCAUGCUUGGCAAGACCUAUUAGUAGUUUCCAUGAGCACUGCACCCAUCUCGGGGAAGGAAGCACAGGAGUGAAGUUCACUUAUAAUCGUCCAUCAGGUUAUUCUCACGCCGUCAGACCAUUUGUCUACCGCCCUGCUAGUGUUCCUACUUACUGUAUCUAGAUUCUACAGUUAUCGUGUAUUUAUACUUCAUCAAUCGUGCUUGUUCUAUGUAGAACAUGUUAGAAAACAGGCCGCCCCAUGUUUUCCAGAAACAUGUUAGAUAUCAUUCUGGAUGGUUUCCUUUAUUCA